AUGUCUGAUUCAGCUUCAAUCAGCAAGCCUGGAGGGCACUCUCUACAGAAGGACGAAGCCGAGCUCGCGCGGAUGGGUUAUAAGCAGGAGUUAAAACGGGAGUUAGGGCUUAUGCAGAACUUCGGGGUUUCGUUCUCGAUCAUUUCUGUCAUUACUGGCAUCCCAUCUUUAUUUCUCUAUGGCCUGAAUACUGGAGGGCCGGUAGUCAUGGUGUGGGGAUGGGUUGUUGUUUGUUUCUUCACGAUGUCUGUGGGGCUCUCCAUGGCUGAGAUAUGCAGCGCUCACCCAACUUCGGGAGGUCCGUACUUCUGGUCGGCAAUGCUAUCACGGAAGGGAAACGCCCCCCUUGCGUCUUGGAUUACAGGAUGGUUCAAUCUGCUUGGACAAGUCGCGAUUACGACUGGAAUCAGCUUCGCAUGCGCGACUUUCAUCUCAACCGUAUGUACGCUAAACACAAGCUUUGUUCCUACGCCGAAGACAACCAUUGGAAUCUACGCUGCUGUCUUGUUCUCGCAAGGCCUGACGAACACUUUCGGAGUUCAUAUACUGCACUACCUAAAUAAUGUAUCAGUCUGGUGGCACGCCCUUGGUACCACCUCACUGGUUAUUGCUAUUUUGGCGAAAGCUCCCAAACACCAAUCGGCAAAAUUUGUCUUUCAGACAUUUAUUGACGGCACGGGACCACCUGGACAAGGAUGGGGAGACAGGGCAAGCCACGCAUACGUGGUCAUCAUUGGGGUAUUAAUGGCUCAAUACACCCUCACUGGUUACGAUGCAAGUGCUCAUAUGACAGAAGAAACGCGCAACGCAGCAAUGUCGGGGAGUAUUGGAAUCAUCAUGUCCCUUGGAGUCUCCGCUGUUCUUGGCUGGUUCCUGAUCCUUGGUCUACUGUUUUCGAUCCAGGACUUGGGGACGACGUUGGCUUCGCCGACUGGGCAGCCGGUAACCCAAAUCUUCUUAGAUACAGUCGGGGAGAGGGGAGCUAAAGUUCUCAUGGUAAUCGUCAUUGGGGCUAUGUAUUUCUGCGGGACAUUUUCGAUCACAUCCAAUUCGCGAAUGAUGUACGCCUUUGCCCGCGAUGGUGGUAUCCCAGGACACAAGUUCUUCAGUAAGGUUAACCAAAGGUGGAAGUCACCUAUUAGAACAGUAUGGCUUGCAUGCACCCUUAGUUUCAUCCUUGGUUUACCUAGCCUAGGAAGCUCCGUGGCAUUUGCGGCAGCCACCUCAAUCGCCACCAUUGGGUUGUACAUCUCCUAUGGAAUUCCUAUUGCGCUGCGCGUCAUAUACAGAGAUCAAUUCGUUCGAGGUCCCUUUCAUCUCGGAAAAUUCUCCUAUCCAGUCGCUGCGACUGCCGUCAUCUGGAUUGCCUUCAUCUCCAUCGCUUUUAUUCUGCCUUCCGUCAAUCCCGUGAAUUCACAGACCUUUAACUAUUCCAUUGUGGCGGUGGGGAUCGUCAUCAUCUACAGUGUUGGGUUUUGGCUUCUCAGCGCUAGGAAGUGGUUCAAGGGCCCGAUCAAGCAGAUUGCUGUGGAGGAAAUGGGUGUUGACGUUAUGGAUCCCGCAAACGCGGAAAAGUUGGAGGGAAUCGUUGUGGAGGUAGCAUAG